UUUGCGAUUUCGUGUUUUUUCUCUGGACAAGUUUUUGGCGUUGUGUCGCGUUGUGUCGACUAUGGACACUAAUCCUUCAGAGCUAGUUGAUGUCGACGUUGUUGCUCUUGAGAUGGAUUCUGAUACACAACAACCCACCAAGCGUAGGAAGAAGAAGAGGUCUGAGGUGUGGAAUCACUUCACCACGGAAACUGUUAGUCCUGACACUAAAAAAGCUCGUUGCAUGCACUGCAACAAAUCCUUUGCCUACAUGACUGCCAAUAAGUGUUCAGGAACUAGCCACCUUAAGCGUCACAUUGACUUUGGUAUUUGUGCAAAGAACGGAGAGAUCAAUAAGCUCUCGCAAAUCAAGGAGGAAACCACCUCGUCCCCUCCCAAGAAAAGUCAGAUUUCUUCUCCAGAGACCAAGGAUGUGAAACCCACUGCCUGCCUUCCCAAGAAGCGUCAGAUACCUUCUCCUAAUGUCCCUCUAGAUCAAGAUCGCUGUAACCUUGAGAUGGCUAAGAUGAUCAUCAUGCAUGAUUACCCUCUUCAUAUGGUCGAGCAUCCUGGUUUUGUUGGUUUCCUGCAGGCUCUUCGUCCCCAGUUCACUGUGGCAAGCUUCGACACCAUUCAUUGUGAUUGUGUCGCUAUGUUUUUGUCCCAAAAGCAGAAAACUUUGGACUUUAUUGCAGAGAUUCCUGGGGGAGUUAAUCUUACAGUAGAUUUGUGGUCUUCAAAGCAAUCAGUGGGUUAUGCUUUUGUGGCAGGACAUUUUGUUGAUAAAGACUGGAAUUUGACUCACCGGCUUCUAAAUGUUGCUGUUGUGGCUUCUCCUGAUUCUGAUUUUGCGUUAAACCAACCUGUAACAGCUUGCUUAUCCGACUGGCACUUGGAGGGGAAGAUUUCGAGCAUCGCUGUCAGCCAAUCAUUAGUAAAUAAAACUUCCAUUGAUAAUCUCAGAGGUUUCUUGUCUUUCAGGAACCAGCAUGUGUUGAACGGUCAGUUGUUGAUGGGGAAAUGCUAUGCUCGCCUCCUAAGCAGUAUGGCACAAGAUGCACUCACAGCUGAGCAGCUUCAAGAGCCCAUAAAGAAAGUCCGAGAUAGCAUCAAGUAUGUUCAAACCAGCGAGGCUUGCGGAGACAGAUUUGAUGAACUGAAGAGACGGUUUCCAACCCCUUUGCCUUACAAAGAUCUUCUCAUUGAUAACCAAACGAGAUGGGACACAAGUUACAACAUGUUGUUGGCUGCCUGUGAACACAGACAAGUGUUUUCUUGUUUGGAAACCUGCCAUCCUGAGUACAAAAUAUCAAUAUCUCCUGAAGAAUGGAUAAAGAUUGAGAGUCUUUGCUCAUGCUUGAAGGUUAUUUUUGAAGCGGGUAAGGCCUUGACUGGGCCAAACCAGUUGACAACAAACGAUUUGUACCAUGAGAUGACAAAGCUUCAGCUAGAGCUGAGCCCCACUGCCAUGGGUGAAGACCCGGAUGUCAGAAACCUAGCAAAAUCAUUGAGGGAAAAAUUCGACCAGUACUGGAGAGGAUGCUUCUUGGUUUUGGCAGUUGCAGUGGUCAUGGAUCCCCGGUUCAAAAUGCACCUCAUUAAGUUCACCUUCAAUAACUCGUAUGGUGAAGAUGCAGAAAGAUGGACUAAGUCUGUCGAUGAUGCAGUCCAUGAUCUGUACCUUAACUACAGUGAACAGAACCUGUUGGAUGCUUAUGUGGAUCAUGGCUUUUCGGAAAUAGAGGUGGCUCAGGAAUCUCACUUCCAUCAAGACAUAGCUGAAUAUGCCAAUACAGGGAAUGGACAAUCAGGUGAUGAGACAAGUCCACAAGUAGAGGAAACCACGGAGUCACAUCAACAGGAGAGACAGCUUAAGGCAGAGAAGCAGAAUGUGGUAGGGCUUUGGGAGGGAGUGAGUGAAGAGAGUCAGCUAACAGAAGAGGACCAGCAACAUGGUGAUGAUUCUCAAGCACAUGCAAUGGCAGAGGAAGACCAUCCGUCAUUUCCGGUUGACGUGCUUCUCGAGGAAGGUUCUACCCUCAUCACAAUAGGAGAGUCAUUGUCAGACUUCGAGAUGUACAUGUCAGAUAUGAAAACGGAGCUGGAUCAAUACCUGGAAGAAAAUUUGAUUCCGAGGUCAGAAGACUUUAACGUUCUGAGCUGGUGGAGGGUCAACAGCACCAACUACCCAACCCUCUCAAAGAUGGCUGCGGAUCUUCUCUCGGUCCCCUUCAGCACCGUCUCUCCUGAUUCAGUGUUCGACACAGAGGUGAAGCAGAUGGACAAUUACAGGACCUCUCUUCCUGGUGAAACCUUGGAGGCCCUCUUGUGCACCAAGGACUGGUUAAAAAAUGGAACUUUAUGA